UAGUUCCAUAUGUUAAUUUUAAGUUGAUAAAAAUACGUUUUUGGUAUAAAAAACACACAAAGGGCUUACCAAACAAGUACACAACACACAGGAGCCGAUAUUUUUCAGCGAUAUUUUAUGUGGAAAUGACAAGAUAGUUCUUUAUUCGGAAAUGGAGGAUAGACGUUUAGAUGACCGUUACCAUUUUGGCAAUGAUGACGAAGUGGCUGAGCUGCCCAGGUCAUCAAGAACAAGGAUGUCCCCUAGAUAUGCAGGAUCAGUUGAAUACUUUCCUUUAGAAUCUUAUAACAGAAUGGUUUAUUCGCCUAGAUCAAGACAACGUGCAAUUUCUCCUAGAUCGCCAAGAUCUCCUAGAACACUAAGGAGCGUCGAAUGUGUUACCCCUUCAUCUUCAGUGGGUUGUAGAUGUGAACCUUCCCCUCAGUUCAUAGAAAAUUCACAUACACCUUCUGAAAUUCCACCAGGGAUGUCGGGGUUGCGUAGAUCGCCUCGUUAUUCCCCGGAGAUAGUCGAACACAGAAGACCCGAAGCUAUGGAACAGAGUUUAAAUGGUAUUUCGCGAUCAAGAUUCUACUGUCGCCACCGCACAAACCGUGUGUCGAAUCAUAACCGGUACAGUGUAACAGGCCAACAAGACCUGUCGGAGACCUCGGGAUCUGGGGAUAGUUCGAUAGAACGAGACUUCGGAGCAGUAGAGCCCAAUUUGUUUCAACGGAUGCGCCUGCAGAAAAAAUCGCGGAGGUUUAGUAGAAGAUACGUACCAGACCAAAGAGGGGAAACGAAUUUAGAUUCUGUAUACAACGAAAACACACUGCGGGAAAGUCGAAACGAGGUAUGGUUUGAGCGCGAGACGUACUCGAUAGAUGAAAAUUAUGAUUACUCCGAAGACAACACGAUCCCUUUUGUGAGAAAUACCGGUAACCGUGUUACAAGUCCUUCAGAGUUAAGGCCUCCUCAUACAAACUUUACCCCGCAAACUUUGCAGUCUAGGGCAUAUCCAAAACGUCUUUCGGUCAGUACUUCAGAUUCACCUCGUACGUGUUGACAUUUCAGUUUUAUAUGUAGGAAAACAACCGCUCAAUUACAGACAAACCUAUUUAAAAACCCAAUAUUAAAACAACAAACACAUUUGUAAAUUUUUUACACAUUAUUUUAAAAAUAUGAUCAUAUGUGAGC